GUGUCUGGUUUGAGGAGCGGGUGGGGCUGAGGUUUUCUUGGGUCCGGUGUCUGACCUGUAGGCGACUGCAGUAUUUUGGGAACCCCCGUACCUGACGGGCGCAUGACAGGAAGUGUGCGGACCCCACUCCUGAUGGGUGACAUGUAGUGAGGGAAUCUUCAAUCUUAGUGUUCAUGGGAAUGACCGAGAGAGCAGGAAGAUCUCUAAGUUCUGGUGAGUCUGGAGCCCCACAAGGACACCCUACUGUCUGCAGGUGGCAGAGUCCCAAAGACAAACAAGAGUCUGUGGAAAAGAUUAAUAUUUUUUUAUGUUUAGGUAUUUUAAAAUACGGGUUUAUUGUGGAAAUGCAUUGCGCAGCUUGAAUAAAAGUACAAAUGCUUAACAUUUUCUUUCUUUCUUUUCAUGAAGAAGAAUCCAGGUUUGAAAAUGGAAAUGUAUGAAACUCUCGGAAAAGUGGGAGAGGGAAGUUAUGGAACAGUCAUGAAAUGUAAACAUAAGGAUACUGGGCAGAUAGUGGCCAUUAAGGUAUUUUAUGAGAAACCAGAAAAAUCUGUCAACAAAAUUGCAACGAGAGAAAUAAAGUUUUUAAAGCAAUUUCAUCAUGAAAACCUGGUCAAUCUGAUUGAAGUUUUUAGACAGAAAAAGAAAAUUCAUUUGGUGUUUGAAUUUAUUGACCACACAGUAUUAGAUGAGUUACAACAUUAUUGUCACGGACUGGAGAGUAAACGACUUAGAAAAUACCUGUUCCAGAUCCUUCGGGCAAUUGAAUAUCUUCACAAUAAUAAUAUCAUUCAUCGAGAUAUAAAACCUGAGAAUAUUUUAGUAUCCCAGUCAGGAAUUACUAAGCUCUGUGAUUUUGGUUUUGCACGAACUCUAGCAGCUCCUGGGGACAUUUAUACGGACUAUGUGGCCACACGCUGGUAUAGAGCUCCAGAAUUAGUAUUAAAAGAUACCUCUUAUGGAAAACCUGUAGAUAUCUGGGCUUUAGGUUGUAUGAUCAUUGAGAUGGCCACUGGAAAUCCCUAUCUUCCUAGCAGCUCUGAUUUGGAUUUACUUCAUAAAAUUGUUUUAAAAGUAGGCAAUUUGACACCUCAUUUACAGAAUAUCUUUUCCAAGAGUCCCAUUUUUGCUGGGGUUGUCCUUCCUCAAGUUCAACACCCCAAAAAUGCAAGAAAAAAAUACCCAAAGCUAAAUGGAUUGUUGGCAGAUAUAGUUCAUGCUUGUUUACAAAUUGAUCCUGCUGAGAGGACAUCGUCAACUGAUCUUUUGCAUCAUGAGUAUUUUACUAGAGAUGGAUUUAUAGAAAAAUUUAUACCAGAACUGAGAGCUAAAUUACUACAAGAAGCAAAAGUCAAUUCCUACAUAAAGCCAAAAGAGAAUUCUAAAGAAAAUGAACUUAGGAAAGAUGAAAGGAAAACAACUUCUACCAAUACACUGUUAAGUACUCCAAUUUUGGGAAAGGAAAUGGAAAAAGAGAAAAGGCCCAAGGAAAUCAAAGUCAGAGUUAUUAAAGUCAAAGGAGGAAAAGGAGAUAUCUUAGAAUCAAAAAAGACAGAGUGUGAAGGUGGACAUUGUCAACAGGAUGCAAUUGAAAAUGUUCAUACUAUAUCUCAAGACACAAAAUCUGUAAUCAGUGAACUACCAAACCCUGUCAAUCCCGGCACUAACUCUAAUGGAAUGAAAAAUGAUCCACAUGCUGGAGGUAGUAUGAUGAUGCCACCUAUCAAUCUAACUAGCAGUAAUUUGGUGGCUUCAAAUCCCAUGUCAAAUCUUUCCCACUCCAAGGUUAGGUUGACUGAAAGAGUGAAAAAGAGACAUACUUCUUCACAAUCUAUUGUACAGUUUAUGUCUAAUAGCAGGCAAGAGGAUGUAGGUCCCACUCAAAGCCAAAUGGAGAAGGGUAUAUUUAAUGAGCGAACAGGUCAAAAUGACCAAAUAGCAAAUGGAAACAAAAGAAAGCUGAAUUUUUCCAGAUCUGACAGGAAGGAAUUCCAUUUCCCAGAACUGCCUUUCACGAUACAGCCCAAGGAGAUGAAAGGAAUGGAAGUUAAACAGAUAAAAGUGCUGAAAAGGGAAUCAAAGAAAACAGAUUCAACUAAAAUACCAACUUUACAUAAUAAGGAUCAAAAAAACCUUUUUUGUUUAUAGUUUUAGUAAGGAGUGCUGUUUGGAACCCUUGACUUGGUGUGUAAAUUUAGUUAUUACUAAAAGUUACAUAAACAUUCAAAAUUCUGUAAUCUUUGAACCUGAGAAACAGAUUUAUAUUCUCUGAAAGUAACAUAUUAAUAAAAGUUUUUAGAAGUUA